GUACAUCGGAGAGCGCACAAGCUAGACAUGUGGCAAACUAUUGAACGCGUCCUUACGCAGAGGCUUCGAAAUAAUUCUGAAAGCGACGAUUAUCUGUCGUUCACAGGAAUCAGAAAGAACGUUUGAAAUGCAUGUUUACAGAAAUGGAACAGCGUCAUUUUACACAUAUGUAAUACUGACGCUAGCCAUCUCGGAAUCUCAGAAGACAAUUAAUUUACAUUGGAACCAGCAAAAAGCCAAAACAGACAAAAAGACUCCACCAAAUGUUAAAACAAUUCAACUCUAUUCAAUAAGCAGCCAUAAAUUCGUCCAAAUUUUAAAGAAAGAUGUAAGAGCAGACGGAUUAAACACAAGCAAUGCAACAAUUCUGAAAAUCGAAACAGAUACAUUUGGACGCGUGCGAAUCCGUCACUACUUAAGUAAUUACUACAUUUGCAUGAAUAAAAGAGGGGACAUAUAUGGCAUGCAGAAAAAAAAAGGACGCAAAAUGCGUCGAUGCGUUUUCAGAGAGAUCACAAUGGACGACGGACAAACGCAAUUUGUAUCAGACAAGUUGUAUAAUAAUAAAAGACGUUAUUUAGCGUUCCGAAACGGAGGAGAGCCCAAACACUUUUCCAAGGUACUUACCAAGACUCAAAAAGCGACCAAAUUUUCGUACCGCUUCUUGAGUCAAAAAACUCGUAAAAAAAGAUUUGUUAAGAUGUAUACACUAGGAGAGGAGAGGACAAAAUAUGAUAUUUUACCUUUUGAUAAAAGAAGAAAUAAACUGAGACAUCGCAGAGACAUUUGCAAACGUCAAUGCUCGCGCACAAAGAAAGGAAAUUGGGAAACGUUGAAAUUCUUCGUUACUUCAGUCGGCCGGAUGCAACAUCCAGAAUACAGUCGAUGUGAGUGUGUGGAAAAAUAGUUUCCAUAGAAACAAUUCAUUUGUUGGUGGAAAGAUGGUUGUUCUGGUGUAACAGUGGCUUACAUAAACAGCCAAUCACAAACCAACGUGGAUAUGGUAGCUACCUCAAAGAAAUAUACGUGAUGUAAUUUUGACGUAAACAAAUAUGGUACACUACCGACCUGCAGAAAUUUUGCUUGAACGCAAUAAAAACUAUGACAGGCAAGCUAUAUGCAAGUCAAAAUGUAUGUAAAAAUUUCGUUUUAUCCGGGACUUUAACACAUAAACGUGUAAUUAGUCUGAGUUUCCAAAGAGAGGAAAAAGUCUGACCUAAUUUUAAACAUUUGCGGGUCGGCAAAAAACACGUUUCUUCUUAUACAUUCAAAGUUAUUAAUAUUAUUAUAUAUAUAUGUAUAUGUAUAUCUUAAUAGAAUAUUCAGACACUUUAUAUGACUUUUGUAAUAAAACUGAAUACUGAAUAAAUUUAUUUAUUAUUAUUGAUUA